AUGACUACAAGAAAUGUAACCACAGUGAGUGGCUUCCUCCUCCUGGGGUUCUCUGACACCCGUGAGCUGCAGAUCCUACAUGCUUUGCUCUUCUUAGUGAUGUACCUGUGGGGCUUGGCAGGGAACUUUGUCAUCAUCACCAUCACAACGCUGGACCCACAGCUCCAAUCUCUAAUGUUCUACUUCCUGAAGCACCUUUCCCUUCUUGACCUUUCUUCCCUGUCUGUAACUGUCCCCCAGUCUAUUCACAAUUCCCUGAAUGGCAGUGGCUGCAUUUCCUAUGUGCAGUGUGCACUACAGGUUUUCUUCUUCACAUAUUUGAGCUGGGUUGAGUUAGCCAUCCUCACAGUGAUGUCCUAUGACCGCUAUGUGGCCAUCUGCCUCCCACUGCACUAUGAGGUCAUCAUGAGUCCCAGAACCUGUAGGUGGACUGUGACAGCUGUGUGGAUAAGUGGAAGCUUCUCAGGAACCUUGUACACAGCAACCACAUUCUCAAUCAGAUUCUGCAAAGCCAAAAUAAUUCAUCAGUUCUUCUGUGAUGUCCCCCAAUUGCUCAAGCUCUCCUGCUCCAAUGACUACCUUGGAGUGAUUGAUGUGGUUGCUUUCGUGACUGCUGUGUCAUUUGCCUGCUUCAUCGCCAUCACCCUCUCCUAUGUCCAGAUAUUCUCCACAGUCCUCAGAAUGCCCUCUUCUGAAGGUCGGUCUAAGGUCUUCUCCACCUGUCUGCCCCACCUCUAUGUGGUUUCUUUUUUUCUGUUUACAGGUGUCUGUGCAUACCUAAAGCCACUUUCAGACUCAACAACUGCUCUAGACCUCAUGCUCCCUUUUUUUUACACAGUACUAUCCCCAACACUCAACCCUGUUAUCUACAGUCUGAGGAAUGAGGCCAUGAAAAGAGCUGUAAGGAAGCUAUGGUUGGAUACAGAAUUUACUGGUUGA